UCUCGAAAAGUUUCAGUGUUUUUCUGAAAGUUCAGCUGGAAUGAUGAUCAAAAAUGAUCUCAAAAAGCGUACAAUUUUAAAUUCAAAUUGUAAUCCAUUAUCAUAAAAUGUUAUUUUGUUGUCGAGGAAAAGUUUUUUUGUGUGAUUAAAGUGUAGAACUUUGACAAUGUGAAAAAGAAAAAGAAAAAAUAUUUCUUUUUGCUUAAAUUUGGAUAAUUUAGAAAAUAUCGAAAGUCGAAGCAAUAAUUUUUUAAUGUUUCAAACUAAUGUGCCGUUUGUGUUACGCGAUAUAAUGAAAGCAAGUGGGAUAAUGUCUAGAAGGGUGAAUCUUAUUGGAAUAUGUACGAUUGGUAUAUCUUUCUUUGUGUUACUAUUUUUUGCUACAAAAAACUCCAACUACUAUGAUGAGUACAGUAAGAAAGAGAACAGUAACCCACUUAAAUAUAACAAGUAUAGGAACUAUUAUUAUGCAUCGGAUCAACCUCAGCAAGUCACACAGAAUCUUUCAGUGACAAUUGAAGACGUUCUCAAUUAUGAACGUCAGCUGAUCGCUGAAGAAAUGCAGUAUUAUGAAUAUCCAAACGGACGAUUCGGCGUUGACGCAAAAAAUCUUCAAGAAUUGACACCUGAAACGGGUGGAAUGCCAAUGCGAUCCAUCAUCAUAUCGACUUGGAGAAGUGGAUCAACUUUCCUUGGGGACAUUCUAAAUGCAUUGCCAGGAAAUUUUUAUCACUACGAGCCACUGCUCACCUACGAUAUCAUGCAAAUUCGAGGGCCACCUCAUGACAGGCCAGCAAUAAAGAGCUUAAAAAAACUACUUAAAUGUAAUUAUACAGGAUUGGAUGACUAUUUAGAAUUUGGAGAGAAUCAUAACUAUUUGUUCACUCAUAAUUCGAGACUUUGGAACCAAUGUCAUCUUUUUCCAAGCUUUUGUUAUCAACCAAAGUUCCUUGAGCCUUUCUGUAAGCUCUUUCCGCUGCAGAGUAUGAAAGUUGUUAGACUGAGAAUGAAAAUUGCAGCAAGUCUGCUUCGAGACACAAGAGCCGUCCGCUACGAAGAUCUUUCACUUUCGCCUUACGACAUUACACAAGAAAUUCUACAGUUUUACGGUUUGGCCUUUGAUGAUCGCGUUUCUGAAUUUCUUGAUACACACACGAAGACAAACGUUGGUGGCGUGUCAUCGACAUUUCGUGAUUCAAAAUCGGCUCCUUUUCAUUGGACGAAGGAAUUACCAUACAACGAAGUAAAAUAUAUUCAAGACAGUUGCAAGGAGGCGAUGAGACUUUGGGGAUAUAAGGAAGCAUCAAAUGCUAGUGAAUUAUUAAGAAACUUUAAUCCUCUUUUACCAUUUCCUUACUUUGACUCAAUUUAGUGAAACUAAUUUAAAUUAAUGUUAUUGUCUUCGUCUACUUCUUUUCCGAACUCUAAAUUCCAAAGAUUUUGUAUGCGUCCGAUUAUUUUAAAUUUUAACUUUUUCUUAAGAUAAUCAUAUAACUUUAGACUUCAAUUUAAAUUCAAUUUGACAUGUACCUAAAAAAGCGUUGAUUUGAUUUUUAACAUUCAUAUCUUCUUUGUCAGUACAACGCCAAUUAAGUGAGUAAAUAGGUAAAAAAUGACCCAUCGAGUAAACGAGCGAACGAACGACAUAAAAGCGUUUAAGAGAAAGUUAUGAGGCAAAAAUAAAUAAAAUAAAAAAAUUCUGUGAUUGAAAGUCGUAAAGAAAAUGAAAAACUAUCAGUUGGAUUAAUACGAAAAGAUGUCGAACCUUCUUUACAUUUCUUUCUUUUUCUUCUUUCUCAAGAGUUCGGAAGAUAUUGAGUGAGAGUGAACACGGGCAAAACUUGAAAUUGAAGGAGAAAAAAAAUCCAAUCAAGCGAUCAUGAGCGGCAAUGAAAGUUUAGGUACAUAUGUAGUGAAGUUGCAAAAAAGAUUUUGUCUUUUUCUUUCAAUUAAAUAGGUUUACGUUCGUACUUAAAAUCACAAAAAAUUAUCGCAUUAGUUUUGCCCGACUUUAGAUAAAAUUUGAUAAAAUAAGAAUGAAAUACAGAAAUAAUAUUUACAUGAAGAAGGAAAUGACGACAAAGAAUUUUAACUUCCCGUGUUCAACCGACUACGAAAACUUCGAAACGUGAAUCGUCAAAAAGCAAUAGAAAACAAGCAGAAACGUUAAGUAAAGACCAUUAAGUGUGACAUUCGCGCAGCUGAAAACGAUAAACCUUUUUCAAAAUAAUAUCUGACUAAACAAAAGAUUUUCUAUUCAAAUGAAUCACAAAUGGAAAUGAUUUUUUGAAAUAAUCUGAAAUAAUUAUCUAUUAGAUAAAUUCCUUUUGAUAAACAUGGAAACAUUCGAUUAUUAUUAUAAAUUUAGUUUCUCACCCAUAAUUAUGAUAGAUAUGAUAAAGAUCGCUAUUAGACAUAUCACCAAUCCAUAAAAAAGAAGCUGAUGAAAGCACAAAGGCAUUUAUAAGAGUAAACAUAUUGUUUGUGUUGUUUUCUGCGCCAUUCAAUGAUAUCGCACAUGAAAUGCGGUUUUUUUUCUUUACUGCCUUUGCUUAGUUGAAUAUGAAUACAAUAAAGAGUCAAACAAAAUCAUAUCUAAUUGAUAGUAUCCGAUGACUGCAACAAUAGAAUAUUUAAGUGCAAAUGUUAAUUUACAUUCGAUUCACGAGGUCGAAGGGAAAAUGUUGAAAGUUUCAAACACUUGUUUGUUCAUUUAAAAUAUCUAUUUAAACAUUCUUAUGUUUUCUGAUAACACAACUUAGUUUAUAAACAACAAGUUGUGGUUUUGUUCCACGCAAAACUUGUCGUCAUAGCAUUGUUUAUGAAAAUAAUAUUUUACUUGAUGU